GAAUCAUUCCGGCGCGACAUUAACUCAAUCUUUCGUUCCGCGGAUCCACGAGACAGACGCGCACCGAGUCAUGAGCGCCGAUAAUUCACGUCCAGAUGUUCUGACGCCGUUACGAAACCUCUGCAACUCCGUGAAAUGCAGCAGGGAUCGAGUGAGAGAUGGAGAGUCGAACGAAUGCAGCGGGAUGUUCAGCUUGUCAAACUUCUGGCAGACUCUGAGUGAAGCUGUAAAAUCAGCCUCUCAAGAAGCAACGAAACUCAGUGUGAUGUUCUCGAAGCCGCCGCCGCCGUCAGAGGAGGACUGUGUGAAAAUAGCCGAAUCUGUCCAGAAGAGCGUGUUGACCUUGUCUACGGUUUACUUUUGGUUACCGAAGAGCCAAGGAGUUACGCUGAGGAAGGUGGUCAGGGACGCGACGGCGGAGGUGCUGGACGGACUCGUUCACCUGCUGGAGGCCAUCCUCUCCUCUCCUGGAGAAAGUCUCUCGCAGGAGCAGCUGAUGUCCACCGGAGGCGUCUGGGCCGCGUGUGACCAGUUUAACCAGCUGCCGAAAGAGAACCGCAGUGCCGUGUUGGGCGUCUUGACAGCGUGUGCUGGUUUGGUGAAGGAUGCUCUGGAGGAGAUGGAGCAGGCGCUGGCCGAGGCUCAGGACCCGUUUGGGGACGUGCUGGAUGAUGAGGAUGAUGAUGAUGAAGGUAAUCAGGACACGCACUGGUCCGAGGCGGACCGGCUGCUGAUCGCUCAGUGUCAGGGUCUGAUGAAGGCGUCCGGAGCGAGUCUGCGCAAACUCUGCGCCGCCGUCAGAAACAACAGCACACUGGAGACGGAGGAGAAGAUCGCGCAGCUGGACGACCUCGCAGACGCAGCCAGAGAAAUCAGUCCCAGUGUUGAUGACCUCGCCCUCAGUCUCUACCCCCCCGUGGACCGAUCGGCCGUCGAGCUGAACGUGUGUAAACUGGUGUGUGUGCUGAAGAAAGUGCUGGAGAUCACCAGGUCCAGUCACGUGUGUGUGGAGGCUGAUGUUUCCUGGGUGGAGUUUCUGAGCGGCGCGGUCGAACACAACCUGCAGAAGAUCACAUCUGUGCUGCGUGACUGCGGCUCGUAACCGACCCAUGGACGCGGAGCAGGGUUUGGUCUCAUAAACCAGCUCCCGGUGCUUUUCUUGUUCAUCGAGAGGAACGUCCCGCUGCUGGAGCUCAAACAGGAAGUGUUUAUAUGGAGUCUGAACUUCCCCAGAUUUCCCAAAGCUUUCUGAAUGAUUCCUGAUGUUCACAGACGCUUGACCUCUGAUAGCAUGACCUUAUUUUGCAUUUUUAGUGAAGUUUUCAUAUUAUUUAUAACAUCUGCUCAUGAUUGAUGAUAACCGCUCUUUCUGUAAUGACUCAAAUCCUCUUUUAUUAAAUCAGCAACGUUUGCUUUA